CUCUACACAAAAUCCCAAAACCAUCUCUUUUGUCGAAAAACAACAGAUCUCUCCACCGCCGGUGAAGAUAACCUCACCGGAAAAUGAAUAUUCCGGUGAUCUUUGGUUCCUCUCUCUACAAACGCAUUGUCCUCGUCUCCGUUCAUCCUGGCCACGUUUUCCACGAAAACCACUAAACCGCAGCAAUUUUGUGAAGUUAUUCGUUUCUUAAUUAACCCGAGAGAAAGGUAUCGAUUUUUCUUUUUUUCUUGACGGAUUUUGUUUUUGUUUUGAGUUUUGAUUGGAUGAGGUGAUAUUGAUAUGUGUGACGAACGGUGAUGAUGAUCAGCUGAUGUGAGAUAGUGUUGAUUUGAUUUGGUGUGCAAAAGUGGAGUGGGAGGUAGAUGAGGAUGAUGAUGAUGAAUCUGUUGAACCUAACCUCAGAGCAUUGAAUUUCAUGUUCAAGUGCUUUUCAUAGUUCAUGUAUUUCUGUGAAAACAGAGGGUUGUAUUCAAGAAUUCGGCAUUUAUUUUUUAUUCGUCACUGUAACAACCCAACGAAAGUCCCCAUUCCUCUUUAAUUGCUCUGAGAAAUUGAUCAGAAAUCAGAGGUCUGACACAUAGUAGAGUAUAAUUAGACGGUGCAAGCAGGGUUUAGGACAGAGGAAGGACCUUUUUUUUGGGGUUUUGAGUGAUAUAGAGCUGACAACAAUGCCUCCGAUGAAGAUUCAACCGAUUGAUUCUCAGAACUUUCCGGAACCGAUUUAUUCUCAGAAUUACCGUGAACCGAUGCGAAGCGAUUUGGCAAAGCCUGUGUUGAAAUCUCGUUUGAAGAGGCUCUUUGAUCGGCAGUUUCCAAGCGUUCUACGCGUUUCAUCGGCGCCGGAGAAGCCUAGUGGUGAUGAAGCGCAGUAUGGUAAAGAUGGAGGUGCAGAGUUCGAGCCGAGCUCAGUUUGCUUGGCGAAAAUGGUUCAGAAUUUCAUGGAGGAGACUAAUGAGAAGCCAUCGGCUAUGAAAUGUGGUCGCAAUCGAUGCAAUUGCUUCAACGGGAACAAUAAUGGUAGUUCUGAUGAUGAAUUUGAUGUUUUUAGUGGUUUUGGUGACUCAAACACAAACCCUGAAUCUUCCGAUACUCUCAAGAGUUUGAUUCCUUGUGCGAGUGCUGUGGAGAGAAAUCUCUUAGCAGACUCUUCGAAGAUCGUCGAUAAGAACAAAACCUGCAAGCGAAAGGACGAUCUGAGAAAAAUUGUCGCCGAUGGCCUUUCAGGUCUCGGCUAUGAUGCUUCAAUCUGUAAAUCUCUUUGGGAAAAAUCUUCCACUUAUCCCGCCGGGGAAUACGAGUAUGUGGAUGUGAUUGUGGAAGGAGAGAGGUUGUUGAUAGACAUAGACUUCAGAUCAGAGUUCGAGAUAGCUCGAUCGACCGGGAAUUACAAAGCGAUUCUUCAAUCCUUGCCGUACAUCUUUGUCGGAAAAGCCGAUCGUCUUCAACAGAUCGUUUCGGUUGUAUCGGAGGCUGCAAUACAGAGCUUGAAGAAGAAAGGGAUGCACAUAGCUCCGUGGAGGAAAGCUGAAUAUACCAGAAACAAAUGGCUCAGUCCUCACACCAGAACCAAGCUUCCUCCACCAGUUCCAAACGACGCCGUUGAAGAGACCAACACCGAAGGCAGAAAUGAGGAUUUUUUGGUAGCUGUGGAGAGUGAUUGCGGAGAGUUCGAGUUGAUUUUCGGUGAGCAGACGACGUCGUCGGAGACGGAUAGAGAACAGACCAGUUCUUCGUCGUCGUUGACAUCGCCGGUGGAGAAUCCCGGCGAAGGUGAGAAGUCACCGCCGACGGUUUCGACGCCGUGGCAGCCGCCGGCGGUUAAACCCAAGACUAAGGUCCUUGUCACCGGAUUAGCUUCUCUUCUCAAAGAGAAGCCUUAAAAUUUUGGAUUUUUAUUUUUUUUUCCUUUAAUUUUUAAAUUUCUGAGUUUUCAUUUUCUUGGAGUACAAAAAUAUAAGAGAAAUAUAUAUAAUCGGAGUUUUCAGAUCAUCUUUACUAUGCUUUACCCCCUUCAUUUUUGUUUAUAAAGGAUAUGUAAGGACGCCUGUGAAUCGGGUUUAACAAAUCUCAUCCUAUCGGAUUUGUAUUGCGAAGAAAUUAUGUCUAAUUGAUAUAUAAAUAAGUUAUAUUAUAUAUUUUUUAUAUUAAUUUUAAUCGUAUUGAUUUUAUUUAUUAAAGAGUAUCGGUUGGAGUUAAAGAGUG